GCAUCUGUCAGCAGUGUGUUCUCUGGCUGUUACAAGGGAGAGGUAUAUGAUGUCCCCGGCAUUGUUAGACGAGCCUCUCUCUUCCCUGUAAGUCUUUUUCUCCUCUCCUCUCCUCUCCUCUCCUCUCCUCUCCUCUCCCUCGUCCUCUCCUCUCCUCCCCUCUCCUCUCCGCCUCACUCAAACUCGCCUCUCCUCUCCUUCCCUCCUCCCUGUCCUCUCCCUCCCUCUCCUCUCUCUCUCCUCUCCUCUCCUCUCCUGCGUCCUCUCCUCUCCUCUCCUGCUCCUCUCCUCUCCUCUCCUCUCCUCUCCUCGUCCUCUCCUCUCCUCUCCUCUCGCUUCUGUCUCUCCUCCUCCUCUCCUCCCCUCUCCUCCUCCUCGUUCCUCAUCCUCAUCCCUCUCCUCUCGCUGCCUCCUCCUCGCUUCCUCUCCUCAUCCUCUCCUCUCCCUCCCUGUCCUUCUCCUGUGAGUCCUCUCUCAUCCCUUUCAUUUUGCUCUGCUUGACUGUAUCUAUCUGUUUCCAUGCUUGGUGACUUGUUACAAAUGUGUACCAACAGUUUAUGUACAUUAUCUGCAUGAAGACAUUGAGUUGUGGUGUCUAAUAGACCACUGUGUGAAUGAUUGACAGGCAUCAACAACACCGCAACAUUUGACCCAGACGGCGUCGUCGAUGGCAACCUAUGAGCUGGAGAGACAGUUUGACACCCUGGGCAGUAGGGGGCGCUGCAGCCCCAGCCCCAGUCCCAGCCUGGACAAUGUAUGUCAAAAAUAGCUAGCAAUCCCCUCAAUCUUACUAGCCUCGUUAUUACCAGACUGAUCUCGCAAGCUUACACUCUGUUUCGCUACAGUAAUCAGUCUGGUAAUUACGAGGCUACAAUCUUACUGCAUCUAAAGUCGAUCUAGCGACAUCUCAAUGAUCACAGAAGGUUUUCCUACCAAUGAAGUCUCCAUUUUAAAUGUCAUCGUGUUUUGAUUAAAUCUUCACCUUUUGUCAAUGUUCAUUCGGUCCUCAAGAGAACCUUCAAAACAUAUUGUGACGAAACAUUGCAACCCAUGAACAUCUGCACUGGGAGAGACAAAUCAACUCCCAGUAAAUGGACCUGAAUGACACGUGUACUUCCUGGUCUCUUUUAUGACGUAAUCUCUGACUUUUCCACUUUAGUGUUCUAGUUCCUAUAUGGUGUUACAUACUGUAACAUCGUGAUCUAUACUCACCUUUCACUUCCUGUCCCCCCCCCCCACCCCACCCCUCCAGGUCUAUGUUGUGCCUCCCCCGGUGGUCCCGGACCCCAGCUAUGACAUCCCUAUCCCGUUCUCCGGCCCUCCGGCCUCAGACACCCAGCAGAGGCUAGUGGCCGGAGGCUACAAUCCCUUAACCAGCCCCCAGAGACAGCAUGGCAGCUACAGCACCCUCCCUAAACCCAGCAAGUCAAACUGGAUCUACGAUGUGCCCAGCUCUCCUGAGAAGCCUGGUGGUGAGUCUGGGUACUACACACACCUGCCAUCUGGUGGCCAGCCUGGGAACUACACCACCCUGCCCUCCAAGGACUUGAGCUCUGCCAGCCAGCUCUACGACACUCUGACCCGUAACUGGUCUGGUCAGGGCUGUGGAUCUGCUCAGUCCUUCUACGACAUCCCCAAACCCAGAUCCUCUCCCCAGGGGUCCCAGGACCCCCCCACCCCCCCCAGGGUCCUCCCCAGGGCUCCUCUCUACAACAGACCCCCAGGGCAGAGGCAGACGGAUGAGGAGCGCUGUGUGUACGCUGUCCCCCCCCGGGAGCAGCUCUCAGUCUCCGUCCCCCAGCGAGGACACCAUGUCCCACUGGAGUGUCGGGGGAACUCUGGCCCUACCUACGACCACCCCAACCCCCAGGGCAGGCUGCAGAGGGGCCGUCUGGGGCUAGUGGCUGGUAGGGGAGACACUCUGCUACAGGAAGAGGAUGAAGAGAGAGGAAGAAGGUCAACAUCAGACAAACAGAGGAUUAGCACAGCCUCCACCUCCUCCACCUCCUCCUCCUCCUCCGACUCCCUGGUGCUGUGCUCCUCCUCCCCGGAGCCGCAGCGGGAGGUGUGUCUGAGCCAGGAGGAGGCGUGUCGCAGGCUGCACCUCCUACAGCAGGAGGUGUGCAGGGAGGUGCCGCGUCUCAUGGAGUUCGUCUCCUCUCGCUGGAGGAGCAGGGAUCACCUGGGAAAGCACCUCACGGAGAUCAGGUCUGUGGAGAAUGAGAUCAGUAAUGAUUCUUGUUAAUAUUCUGACCAGUGAACAAAACAGUCCCUAAAAUGGUGCCUUAAGGAAUCCCUUUAUGUACAGUAUUAUAUAUAUAAAUAAGGUUAUUCUUCUUAAGGUCUGAAACGUGCUGUAUUAAAGUGGACAGUUAGUUGAGCAUCUACUGAACAUCCACAAGCCAUCUAUUUGGGACUACCAUAUCCAAAACAAGUGUUACCACUAAUUCUUCCCAACUACCACCUCCAGGUCUGCAGCAGAGGGCGUGGCGGGGUCGGUGACCUCCUUCCUGACCUUUGCACUGGAUGUGAAAGGUAAUGCCCGGCGCCUGACUGACUCCAACCUGCAGGCGCGUCUCCAGCGCCAGCUCUCUGUGUUGGAGGACUCCGGCAUCAUCCUGCAGCAGGCCGUCAGCUCCCUGGGCGUCGCCGGCUGGCCCCUCUCCUUGCUGGCCCAGGAUCCCGCUCAGAACCACACCCCAGACCAGCUGGACUGCCUCGUCAGGGUAACCAGGACCGUCCCCGAGGACGUCAAGAGACUGGUGUCCAUUGUCAAUGCCAACGCCAAGCUGCUGUUCCGACCCACAGAGAAGAGAGAGGCAGACGGACCCAGUACCAGCAAUAAUACCAGUACCUCUACCAGUCAGUUUGUGAAGAAGAGGACAGAGCAGGGAGAAGACUCAGGAACAGAUCAUCAUGACAGUGUCCAGGUACAGGUUAGUCAUUGGUUAUCUGGACCAUUAUAUAUCCAGGUACAGGUUAGUCAUUGGUUAUCUGGACCAUUAUAUAUCCAGGUACAGGUUAGUCAUUGGUUAUCUGGACCAUUAUAUAUCCAGGUACAGGUUAGUCAUUGGUUAUCUGGACCAUUAUAUAUCCAGGUACAGGUUAGUCAUUGGUUAUCUGGACCAUUAUAUAUCCAGGUACAGGUUAGUCAUUGGUUAUCUGGACCAUUAUAUAUCCAGGUACAGGUUAGUCAUUGGUUAUCUGGACCAUUAUAUAUCCAGGUACAGGUUAGUCAUUGGUUAUCUGGACCAUUAUAUAUCCAGGUACAGGUUAGUCAUUGGUUAUCUGGACCAUUAUAUAUCCAGGUACAGGUUAGUCAUUGGUUAUCUGGACCAUUAUAUAUCCAGGGUACAGGUUAGUCAUUGGUUAUCUGGACCAUUAUAUAUCCAGGUACAGGUUAGUCAUUGGUUAUCUGGACCAUUAUAUAUCCAGGUACAGGUUAGUCAUUGGUUAUCUGGACCAUUAUAUAUCUGAAGAUUUGCAAAGCUUGAUAUGACACACAUUCAUAGUUCUGUAUCUUGAUCCUGAUUUAGAAAAGUACAAAUAAAGCUUUCUCUUUACUAGUUUAAGGCUGGUUUCUACUUGGUCUAACACGUCUGUAGACCAUUUGACAACUGUAAAACAGCCUUUACAGGGUCAUUAUAUUUCUAUAGACUUCAAAGGCACAGCUUGAUAUAACACCCAUUCAUAAUGCUGUAUCUUGAUCCAGAUGUAGAAAAUUGAAAGUAAAGCAUUGCUCUCUUUUUCAAAUGAAGAAAGAGUUUGAAAAACAACAAAUUAAAGUCCUGGGAAAACAGAAACCCAAAAUCACUUCCAUCAAGCCUAAGGUGAGACUUUCCCGCUGCUCAGAGGAAUGCAUUUCUUAUAGUCAAGUACUGAAACUCACAGAAAAGCCUCAAAUACUGUAGACUGUCCAACACACGGCAGCUCCUGCGCUCCUCAGUGGGAGCUAGGUAUUAGUGGUGGAGAUAUUAGCAGCGUACCUUAUAAUUACAGGCUGCCUGGGAAGCUUCAGCUUUAUUUCUCUUCCUCUACUGGUGAGAUUCCCCUGAGGGAACAGGAUGUCUGUCUGUCUAACUAACCAUCUUUCUUUAUACCCUCUCUCUCUCUAACCUCCUCCGUCCUCCACUCUAACCUCCGCCCCCUCUGACCAAGAUCCCUCCCCCUCAACCAUGCCCCCCCCACACAAAACAUCUAACAAAACACGACCCUCCCAACACUACCUCCGACCCUCUACCCCCUCCCCACCUCUCGAGACCAACCUCCCUUCUCUACCUCAGAAGCUCCCCCCUAUCAACUCCCCCCACCCUCUACUAGCCCUCCCCCUCGCUAACAACCAUCCGCCCCACCCACUAACCCUACACCACUCCUACCCCCUCCCCCAUCCCCCACUAAAAUCAUCUACCUCCUAACCUCCCUCCUACCCUCCCAUCCUCUGCUACCUCCCUCCUCUCCCCCUCCACCUCUCAACCUCCCCCUCUCACUCCUCCCCCUCUACCUCCUCCUCCACCUACCUACCCUCCCCUCUCUCUACCUCCCUCCCCUCCACCCCCCCCUCCUCCCAUCCCUCCCUCCCUCUCUACCUCCCUCCCCUCCCCCCUCCUACUCUCCCUCCCCUCUCUACUCCCCCUCCUCCCUCCUACCUCCCUCCCUCUCCUCCCUCUACUCCUACUCCCUCCUAACCCUCCACCUCCCUCCUCCCUCCCUCUUCCCCUCUUGUUCCUCCCCUACCCCCCUCCUUUCUUCCUCUCCCCCCAGGAGCCCCAGGUCUGUGUGGACGGCCCUAGGAGGUCUUCAGAACCCCUGUCCCCUAGGAAGCCCUUCGUGUCUGACUCUGGUGACGCCCCCAGGAGGACCUCUGAGCCUCAGGGCUCCCUGUCCGCUAGGAGGCCCUCUCAGUCUGAGCCCCACGUCUCUGACACCCCUAGCCCUGCGAAGUCCUUUAACUCCCAGGUAGACAGCCCUAAGAGACAGCCCACCGUGUCAGAACAUUGCCGGCUGUACUUCGGGGCACUGCAGAAGGCAAUCGAUGUGCUCAUCACCAGCCUGCUGGACAGCCAGCCCCCGGAGAAGUUCAUCUCCCACAGCAAGCUGGUCAUCAUGGUAGGCAAGCGGCUGGUGGACACGCUGUGCCGAGAGGCCCAGAGAGGGGAGCCUGGGUCGGUGUUGGAGUCAGGGUUGGGGCCCAGCCAGAGCCAGAGCCAGGUCCUGCUGUGUAAGUCCAACCACCUGUGUGCCCUGUUAAAGCAGCUGGCAAUAGCCACCAAGAAGGCCGCGCUGCAUUACCCUGAGAGACAUCCUCUGCAGGAGGCCCAGGACUUUGCCAAGGAGCUGGCUCAGAGAGCACAGCACUUCAGGAUCUCUCUGGACCUCUGAGAGAGACAGACUCUUAUUUUAUAGUCUAGAGACAGACCUUUAUCUUAAGGACGCAACAGACAGUGCUGAUGAACAGUUAAAAGCUGUCCUCUCCCCUCUGACCACAGAACAUUGCCAUAGUGUUGAAUCUGCACCGUUCAUCAACACGCAGCAGGUUGCUCCACAGCUCCACAGCCGACGUCCAUGUUUGUCUGUAGUUUCCUAGUCACCGGAGCUCUAAAAGCCAAUUUAUGCUUGAUCUGAAAACGUGGUCGGAGGUGCCGUA